GUCCACAGUCCGUCCUGGAUGCAUCAGCAGUCGUACCUCAUGCAGCCAGCUGGCACAGUGCUGACCCCCACGCUGGAACAUGCCAUGUCCAUCCAGCCCACCUCCCUCAUGGGACCCCUCGCCCAGCAGCUCAGCCACAUGUCCAUGGGCAGCACGGGCACUUACAUGCCGGCCAGCGCGGCCAUGCAGGGGGCGUACAUGCCUCAGUACACCACCGUGCCUCCGUCCGGCGUCUCCGUGGAGGACAACGGUCAGCAGGUCAUGGAGAGCCCUGCAGACCACUCAAACUACUCCUACCAACACACCAAGUGAAGCUACGCUCUCGACCAAUGAGGGGGCUGCAGGCGCGUCCUGAGCUGAACCAAUGAGGGUUCUCCUGGGAGGAAGAACAUGUUCCAUUCCAAGAACUACAGCGUUGGACAGGAACACGGAUGACAAAAGGAACGUGUGUAUUUUCAAAGAUAUAAAAAAGGACAAACAUCGCUUCAUUUAAAGUUUUCACUUCUUCGUCCGGAGGUCAAAUCUCCCACGGUGAAAACUUUUACUUUGAAGCUUUGAUCUAUUUUCAUAACUGAGGAAAUCACAACAAAAAAAAAAGGAAACAGGAAAAGACACAUUAUUUUGGUGCACGUAAUAUAACAAAUUCUUAUUUUUUAAAAAGGCAUUCUGGAUGUUUCAGAGUGAUUUAAGGAUUCAAGUUGUAACACAAUGUGUCUUUUAUUUUUUUUGUAAAAUAUGCAGACUUUUAUUUUUUUUUCUAUUUCCUGAUGUCAGUUUUUUGUCUAUUUGCAGCAGUAGAGUAGAGUUUGUACAGAUUGAACCUAAGGCCUUUUUUUGUGUGUUUGGUGACAUUUAAAGUAGCGAAACAAACGGUUUGCGUCUCCUCCUCCAGGGUCAGAAGAGCCACUCAUAUUCCAAAAUAAAAGUUGGCUCUUUAUAUUUUAUUCAUUUGCAGAAAUUGUACACAGAUGUACAUCUGAACAAAAGACAAUCAUAAUUAUUUAUCUUUCUAUUGUUCAUGCAGCUCUUUAGUAAGUGAUUCUACACCGCGCCACUUAUAGCCAAGCACUUAUUUAAUGCUUUUGUCUGUUAAUUUUAACUAAAGCUUCAAACAUUUUUAUUUUUUUUUAAUAAGUAAGAAAUAGAAAAUGAGGAUCUGAAUCGGAUCUGUUCAGUUUAAGGGAUUCCUCACGGGCAGUAACCACAUUGACACUAAUCCAAUGGACACUAACCUCACGGACACUAACCAUAUGAACACUAGUCUGAAGGAACAGCUCUCCAGGUGAAGUGUGUGUUCAUGGUUUAGAGUGAAAAUAAUAACGCAUCUUUUAUUACAGUCCCGACGGUCUCAUAGUGUCCCUUUAAGGGUGUCGCACUUAGCGUAGCAACAUACAAUGCACCCACACAACAUACUUCGUACACUAAGCACCACAUACACACAAUUCGAGAACAGACUGCCUUCAAUCAAAGACAAUUUUCUAAUAUGGCAACAUGUCGGACGAAUAAAGCUUUUGAACUUUGAACAUCUAAAUAAAACCACCCAACAGAGGAGACUUUAGAAGGACCAGGCUGAUCCAACUAACAUAGAGCCGAGGUGAGAGUCCUGCAGCAGACUACUAUCAUAUCGUUUCUUUGAGCUAACAGACUACUUAUGAGACGGAGGAAAUGUGUUUCUGGCAUUAAGGCCCAAUCCCAUUUCUACCCCUUACCCCUUCCCAUUCCCCCUCCCCCUUGUUUUGAAGGGGUAAGGGGAAGGGGUAAGGGGUAGAAUUGGGAUUGGGCCUAAGAGAAAUGGUGAACUCAUCAUCUCUGCUGUCUGAUGAACACCGGAGGGUAGAGUUGCAGGAGGGGUUAGGGGCUAGUAGAGUACAGGAGAGGUCAGGGGUCAGUGGGGGGUCGGGAGGGGCCAGUAGCGGUCAGGAGGGGGAGCUGGAACACUUUGUUUCCCUGCUGCUGCCGUUGCCGCACUUCUAGAUUUGUACUUCUAUGUUUGGCACAAGCCGAUUGUGUUCCAUGUUUUGGUUGAAUCUGUCAACAAUGACGCUUUAUUUUUGAUUUUCCUUUUUACUGUAGAAUAGAUUGUAGCUGUAGAGAAAUAAGUUUGCUAGUGAUUAGAUGUUUUUUGAACUGUCCUUUGUUACUGGUUGUCUUUUGAUGUGUUUGUUCUCAACAGGCUGUGCUGUUUAUUGUGCGUUCGCACGCGGUCCAAGGUAACACAGUGGUGUGGCGUUGUUGUGACGUUGCCGUGGGUUUCAGAGCACUCGUGGGUCUCUGUGAGGGGCGUGUCCUCAGUGGACGAGGCCUCCCUCACUUCCUGUUUGGUUCAAAGAGAAAGCAGGUUGUGAACUUUGUACAUACACCGUCUGCAGCUUGUCCUGAUUCCAGUCGGGACAAGUAACACACUGCUUGUGUUAUCGUUUCUACUGCUCCAAGAGGCAACACACACACACACACACACACACACACA